UCAAUGUGUCACUUGCAUUUAACUUUCGGCAGGAUAUCAUAGCCUUGAAGGCUGAGAGAGAGGAGGGGCAUGUUGCUGUCUCUCUCUCUCUCCUAGCCCAAGUGAAAGUGGACAGACAGACUCGAAGGAGGUGGGUGCAGACUACCACCUGACAGAGCAGGGAAAGGACGGUGAUAGCUCCUGUGGCAAAGGAGAGGGAGCCAGAGCAAAUACCCUGAAGAACCAGGUAUUGACUAUCUUACUGUCAGUGUGCGCUUCAGAAAAAAAAAGCUGCCAACUUGGGGAGUAGCCACGAACUGUGCGUCUGUGACCAACCCCCGCUAUCGCCAGGGGUUAAUUGAGAGAUACAAGCUCCCCGUGUUCGACCACUUGCCUUGAGAGGUCACUCAGGCUGACUUAAGAAACCGUUUCAAUCCUUACCCCCUUGCCCAAUUCCACCCCCCCCACCAGCUGUUUGCUGCUUUCCUCCUCUCCCUUCACUCUGACAUUUGUACUGGGAUAGUCUCAAGCUUUCCGGGGAUUGCUGCUGUUGGAAUCGGCUUUGGAAAGAAGAAGCAGUGGGACUGACGCGCCACACGAUGUUGGGGAUGAACAGUGCUCGCCGUUCAGCUUCGAGAUACGGAUUCUCCUUCAGCCUCCACUGGGGGCUCAGUACGUUCCUCCUUCAAGUCCUGCUCCUGUCUGCCCUUGGGGAAAGACUGACCGGUACAUGGAGACCUUCCCAAGCCCGGCUCCGGCUCACCUUCUCAGAGUUGAUGUUAAACAAACGGAUCAUCCCACUCAGUUUCAGAGCUUCCAACUUGCACUCCAUAAUCCUCGAUGAAGACAGCCGAAGACUCUACGCAGCUGCGAAGGACUACCUCCUGACCUGCAAUCUGGAUGACAUCUCGAGUGGAGUGAGGAAGUUAUACUGGCCGGCUACCCCUGAAAGAAUAGCUGAAUGUAAAAUGGCUGGGAAGGACCCUGACCUGGACUGUGGCAACUUCCUGAGGGUCCUCCACUUCUACAACCAAACUCACCUAUACGUUUGUGGGACUGGAGCCUUCCAUCCACGCUGUGCAUACAUUGCCACAUCAAUUUUCAACAGGAAUGAACAAUUAGUGCUUCAUCAUGAACAGACUGAGUGUGGAAAAGGGAAGUGUCCUUAUGACCCUCGACAGCGGGUGGCCUCAGCAAUGAUUGAGGGCGAGCUAUACGCUGGAAUUUCCUCUGACUUCAUGAGCCGGGAUGUGGCGUUCUUCCGUAGUCUGGGACAUCGUCGUGUGAUCCGCACUGAGCAAUAUGACUCGACGUGGCUGCAAGACCCUAGGUUUGUGAAGGUCCAUGCCAUCGCGGAGAGCAGCAAUGCAGAGGAUGACAAAGUGUACUUAUUUUUCACUGAGCGUGCUCAGGAAGUGGACAAUGGCAACGGGAAGGUCAUUUACUCGAGAGUGGCUCGGGUUUGUAAGAAUGACAUUGGUGGUCAACGCAGUCUGGUCAACAAGUGGAGUACCUUCCUGAAGGCUCGACUUGUGUGUUCUGUUCCAGGCUCUGAGGGAAUUCAAACCCAUUUCGAUGAACUGCAGGAUGCCUUCGUGCUCAAUGGGAAAGACAAAAAAAAUCCGCUGAUAUAUGGAGUUUUCACAACAUCCAGCAAUAUUCUCAAUGGGUCGGCAGUCUGUGUGUACAAGAUGGCUGACAUUAUCAUGGCCUUCAAAGGAGAAUUUGCUCACAAAGAGGGCCCUGACUACAAGUGGGUGACGUAUCCAGGACGUGUCCCCUUCCCUCGCCCUGGAACAUGUCCCAGCAGCACCUAUGGGAGCUUUAAGUCAACUCGUGAAUAUCCAGAUGAAGCAAUCUUCUUCAUUCGGACUCAUCCACUCAUGCGUGACUCUGUCUACCCUGUGAGCGAGCAGCCAGUGCUAAUGCAAGUUGGUGUGGACUACAAAUUUACCCGGAUUGCCGUGGAUCGGGUUGAGGCUGUAGAUGGACAAUAUGACGUGAUGUUUAUUGGAACAGAUACUGGGGUGGUCCUGAAAUCAAUCUAUGCUCCCAAAGCAAACCAGGAGGUGGAAGAGAUCAUUUUAGAGGAGUUGGAAGUAUUCCCGGACAAAUCACCCAUCACUUCACUGAACCUGUCAAGAAAGCGGCAGUGGUUGUACUUGGGCUCAAAGACUGGCUUGGCCCAGGUCUCCUUGUACCAGUGUGAUUUGUACGGUAAGGGCUGUGCGGAAUGCUGCUUGGCAAGGGACCCUUACUGCACAUGGAACGGAAGCUCUUGCAGCACCUACCUACCCAGCAGUCGCAGAAGACACACUCGACAGGUCACUCUGAAUGGAGAUCCUUUGACCCAGUGCUUCAACCAGGGAGGGGCCAUGCAUACCUGGGCUGAGGAGAAGGCGAUGUUUGUGGUGGAGGGGAACAGCACGUACCUGGAAUGCAUUCCCAAAUCACGGCUUGCCACUGUUAACUGGCUGGUGGAGUCAGGUGACCCGAAUGGGCCGUUGCAAGAGGUUACCUUUGGAGACCAGAUCAUUCCAAUCGAGCAAGGGCUGCUGAUUCGCCAGACAGAUCUCCAGGACGCUGGUACCUACCAUUGCCAAAUUGAGGACCAUGGUUUUCGCUGGACCCUGCUGAAGCUGCAACUGCAUGUCAUCCCCGCUGGCCAGAUGGUGAACCUGCAUGAAGGCGUUGAGCAAUUAGCUGGUCCCGUGAAGGACCACACCCUUCUGGGCCCUGGCCAUAGCCCUCAGCCUUGGUACAAGAACAUCAUGACCCUCAUCAACUAUCCUUCCAAGAUGGACUUCUACUGCGAGCAGGUCUGGCAGAAAGACUACAAGAAGAAAAGGAACAAGCUGCGGCUGAGCAAGAAUCACCGUAGCGUGGAGCCCAGCCGGAGAAACAAGCCGGCGACAAGGAGCAGACGGAACAAAAACAAACCACAUGCCAAAUUUCUACGGUCACCCCGCAGUACCUAGCACUACCCAGAUUCACCACAGCAGAGACACUCAUCCAAAGUAUAGCAACAGAAGGCUCCAAAACUCUAGAUCUUUCCAAAACCUUUUCAACUCCAGUAAAUGAAAGGCUUCGCAUGCAAUACAAUCUUUGAACUGACAGAACAGUUGCCUUGUUUUGGCUGAGGGUAGUUAUAUAGUUGUCCAACACAUCUCUCUUCCCCUGUCGUGGAGGGAUUUCUAGUUAGUCCAUAGCUGACACAGAAGGGAGUUGAGGAAAGCUUGUGGUUUUUGGCUAAGUGUAUUUUCUGAUAACGAUAGGUUUAUGUAGGGUCUUGACAUGAGCUGUUCGGCUGCUUAUGAGCCUAAGGGUUGAAAGAGUUGGCUAACAGUGAAGAAGAUCACAAAAACACCACUAGAGAGAGAAUAGGCUUAAACCAGAGCUCUAGACAUUUAGCUGCCAUUAAAUUGGAUAAGUGGCUGUUCAAAUGGAAAAGUAGAAAGUGCCAUAAUCAUUUCAACCACUAUUUAGAAAGCCCUACAAGAUAAUGAACCUCUGCAGACACUACGCUAUUUCAGUAAAACAAAAGAUUGAAAAAUUCCACACAGCAUUAAUGUUUUCCCAAUGACUCAUGGAACAGCCCCACCAAAGUUCCCUGGAAGGUGAGAGGGAGGGGUGAUGGCAUAGUGGUCAUGUCAUUGGACCAGUAAUCCAGAUGCCAAGGCUAAUGCUGUGAGAGAGUGGGUUCAGAUCCCAACAUGGCACCUGGUAGGGUUUAAAAUCAAUUCAUAAAAUCUGGAAUUGAAAGCUAGUGUCGGUAAUGUUGACCAUAAGACUAUCAGCGAUGGUGCAAAAAAAGUCCAAAGGUGUGCAGGUUAGGUGGAUCGGCCAUGCUAAAUUGCCCACAGUGUCCAGGGAUGUGCAGGCUAGGUGGAUUAGCCAUGGGAAAUGUAGGGAUAGAGUGGAAGGGUGAAUCUGGAUGGGAUGCUCUUUGGAAGGUUGGUAUGGGCUGAAUGGUCUCCUUCUAAAACUCAUUUGUUUCAUGAAUAUGCCUCUAUAGGGAAGAAAAUUCACCAUCCUUUCCCAGUCUACCCUACAUGUGACUCCAGAACAACGGUGAUGUAAUUGACUCUGAACCAUCCUCUGAAUGGCCUAGCAAGGGCACUUGGGGAUGUGGAACAUAUACUGGGGCAUAUUCUGGGAUAGAAUACAGAGAUAUCUACAUUGAAUCUUUGGACUUCAGAAAGUGAACAGACCUGAAACAUGCUGAUGUUGGGAAACAUUAUUAGAAAUGCUGGCUGGGGUCAAAUCAGGUUCGCCAGAGUUCACAAUCAUUUCCCAUGAAGCCUUGCUCAUAAUGCAUUCAGUAACAUCAAGGUCAGGAUCAGCUAUUCCUUCCGCACCAGUGUUCAUUAUCAAUUCUCACAGUGAAGGCUGGUUACUCAAGCAAUAAAAUUUUACUGGAAUUUGCUGGCAAUCUUGGACAAAGAGCCAACACCUCCUGAGGCUGCUUGCUCAUUCGAGGCACUUCCUAUGACACCUGGAUGGCGGUUAAAAUCUGAGACUCCCAGCUCCAGUGAAGGGGCUGCAGGGAUGAAAUGCCACAAUUAAGCAUGCCCGUCAUAACUCCUGCUGAGGAAUCUUCUCCCUCCAUCCUGAUGACCAUAAUUGAGGCCUAUUCAUCUGAUGACUGCUGUGCAGAUGACCAUUGUUCCCUCCAUGCUCAGACACACUUGUGACUGCCUGCCUCAACCAGUAUCCAUGUCUCGCAUUGUGGCUAUUGUGGGAUCGCUCUGUGGGCCAGCAGCCUUAUGGAUCCACAGCCUCGGGGGCCCACCCCUUGAGCUCAAUAAGAUGGUGAAGUCAAAGGUAGCUCAUUAGUUGCCUGGCUCCUAUGGUGCUGCAAACUGACAAUAUGAGCAGAUCUCAUAUAGCUAUAUAUUGGGAUCCUGAUGCGCGCUGGAAAAUCCAGCCCCUAAUUUCUGCAAAUCGAGAUAAAAGCUUGCAUCCUGCAACUGAUCCUUGAGUUCACUUGGAACGCAUUCAAUUCUGAGCUAAAUAUUACAAAUGACCUUCCCCUUCUUUAAUCCUGUUUAUUGAACCUCUUAAAUUAUUGUUGAAACACUUCAGAGUUUCACAAUUAAAUCGAAAUCGGUCAGUUUGGAUUGUUUACAGGGUACGAUUUUAUUCAGGCUGGAAGAUUUUCUCCCAAUCACUCCUAUUGGAGAAUCUCUGGUUAUCACGUUAUCUCUGGUUUGACUCCUAUUACUGUCUGUACCAUUCUUGCUUAGUUUUCGGUUUUAACGAUGUGUAUUGAUUGUAAUGAGGUCAGCCAGGUCGACCUCAUAGAAUACGAGUUCGCUGAUUGGACCAGAUUAACAGCCCCAAUCAGGGAGCCCUAGCUGACAGAUAUAAA